CCAGCCCUUGAGGCGGAGCGGGGGCAGCGCACCACCUCCCGUCCCCUCGGGAUUUACUGUUGUUCUUAUUAAUUAAUUCUUUUUUUUGAGGGGGGAGGAUCUUUUAGUUGGGUAUUUUUCAACAUUGGGGGGUGGGGCUUCCUUUUUUUUUUUUUAAUUGGGGUUGAAGCAAAAUUAAUUACAAAACCAGAGCAUUUGAUUUUUAAAAAAACCCUUAAAAGCAAAGCAGCUGCCAUAACAUUGGCAGGAUGAAUGGGACGGAAGGUAUUAAUUUUUACGUGCCUAUGUCCAACAAGACAGGGGUGGUGCGAAGCCCCUUCGAGUACCCCCAGUACUACCUAGCCGAGCCCUGGAAAUACCGCGUUGUGUGUUGCUACAUCUUCUUCCUCAUCUCCACCGGUUUGCCCAUCAACCUCCUCACCCUCCUGGUCACCUUCAAACACAAGAAGCUCCGGCAGCCGCUCAACUACAUCUUGGUCAACUUGGCGGUGGCUGACCUCUUCAUGGCCUGUUUUGGCUUCACGGUCACCUUCUACACUGCCUGGAAUGGCUACUUCGUCUUCGGCCCCAUCGGCUGUGCCGUGGAGGGCUUCUUCGCCACGCUAGGAGGCCAAGUUGCCCUGUGGUCCCUGGUCGUCUUGGCCAUAGAGCGCUACAUCGUCGUCUGCAAACCCAUGGGAAAUUUCCGCUUCUCCGCAACCCAUGCCAUGAUGGGCAUCGCUUUUACCUGGAUAAUGGCCUUUUCCUGUGCCGCUCCACCCCUCUUUGGCUGGUCCAGAUACAUGCCGGAGGGGAUGCAGUGUUCCUGCGGCCCCGACUACUACACCCACAACCCUGACUACCACAAUGAGUCCUACGUCCUCUACAUGUUCGUCAUCCACUUCAUCAUCCCGGUCGUGGUCAUUUUCUUCUCCUAUGGGCGUCUCAUUUGCAAAGUCCGAGAGGCAGCUGCCCAGCAGCAGGAGUCAGCCACGACCCAGAAGGCCGAGAAGGAGGUGACGCGGAUGGUGAUCCUCAUGGUGCUGGGGUUUAUGCUGGCCUGGACGCCCUACGCCGUGGUGGCAUUCUGGAUCUUCACCAACAAGGGAGCGGACUUCACCGCCACGCUCAUGUCAGUGCCUGCCUUCUUCUCCAAGAGCUCCUCCCUCUACAACCCCAUCAUCUACGUCCUCAUGAACAAGCAGUUCCGUAAUUGCAUGAUCACCACAAUCUGCUGCGGCAAGAACCCCUUUGGAGAUGAAGACGCCUCCUCUGCCGUAUCCCAGAGCAAGACCGAGGUCUCAUCCGUCUCUUCCAGCCAAGUAUCACCUGCAUAGACCAUGGACAGUUUGAACUGGGGUGACCUGCCGAGCUCGGGGACCAAGACAGACACCCACACACCCACAGUCUCAUUUCACGCAGUCACUCCCUUGUGCACCGACACCUUCCCCUGCACAAGCAGUUCGCUGUGCACAUACUGCAGUAGCUUCCCCCCCCAUGUGCAGACCCCCAGCCCCAGGCACGCUCACUGGGACACCCCUGCACCCACUGGUGCAAACACAGCACUCUAAACUCUUCCACACUGACACAGCCCCUUGCAGGGGAGCCCAGGACCCUUCCCCAGCUCCCAGGAGCUGGUCAGCUUUUGGGGACCUGUCCCAAGCACCAGCAAAACCCCCUGCUUUGUUCACAUCACAUUAAAAGGCCAGCGGCCAGUGCGAAACCCCAAACUGGAAUAUUUUCCUCCCUUCUGCCCUGAAACGCGCUCCCUGCUAGCAUCCCCUUUCCCUGGCGCUCAAGGGAGUGUCGCAGAAGCAUUGAGCCCUCAUUUGCAAAAAUUGAGUAUACUGAGAAAGCACCAUUGCAAAAACCCCAGAAGCAUGAACCUGUGGCUGGAGCGGUCCCAGCUGCCCCUUGCCAGCACCCGAGCCUGGGGCUCGCCAGAGCUGUGCACCCCGCUGCCAGCACAGCCGAUGGAAAUCAAUACCCAUAGUCUUUAUAAUUCAAUAUAACAGAUGGAGCUGUGAGCGGGCUUUGCUUCAAGCCUGACUCCCUGUAUCCCCAAGACAACAUUGUAGAUAUAUUUUUUUGUCUUGGAACCUGUAAAUAUUUGCUCACAUACUUUGAA